UCGAAAAUCGAUUAAAAACAUGAAAUUAUACAAAUGUAAAAUUAGAAAACUACCGACUCAAAAACCACGACAACAGCCCCAAAACCCCCGCCUAAAUCCCCAAUUCAGAAGAACAUAAAAUAAUUUUAGUUAUUUACAGCACUGCUCAUCCCUAAGAUCCGGAGUAAUGUUUUCCAUUGCAGCUAUUAAUGACACAGACUCGAAAAAUCAAUGGCAGCCAUUGGCCCCGACGAAGGAAGCGCAGGAGUUCCAGUUGUCACAGUUAUAUCAUGAUGGGCUCUUGAGAUUACAAGCUAAAGAUUAUGAAAAAGCUCGUGAACUUUUAGAGUCGGUGCUAAAAGAUCCAUUGGUGCUAAAUGCGCAGGUGGAAAAUAGUGCAAGUGAUGGUCAUCUUUUGCAGCUCAGAUUUUUGGCACUAAAAAACCUUGCUACAGUUUCUCUUCAACAAGGCCCUUCCUAUUACGAGAAUGCUCUGCACUGCUAUCUUCAAGCCGUAGAGAUUGAUAGCAGAGAUUCUGUUGUCUGGAAUCAAUUAGGAACACUAUCUUGCACCAUGGGGUCAUUAAGCAUCUCCCGUUGGGCUUUUGAGCAAGGGCUGCUUUGCAGCCCUAAUAACUGGAAUUGCAUGGAGAAACUACUGGAACUGCUAAUUGCAAUAGGUGACGAGGUGGCCUGUCUUUCUGUUGCAGAACUAAUAUUGAGGCAUUGGCCAUCUCAUUCUCGUGCUUUGCAUGUAAAAAGUACUAUCGAGGACUCUGAACCAAUCCCAUUCACUCCAAGAGGUAUAGAUAAACUAGAACCAAAACAUAUACGGCUAAAAUUUCCUGAAAAGAGAAAAGCAACGGAUGAGCACUUAGAUACAACCAUAGCAUCUAAAAAGUUGAAGCAAAACAUUGAAGUUCAACUUUCAGAAGCCUCCUGGAUAGCUCUUGUAGGCCGAGUAAUGGAGAUCUUACGCCCAUUGUCUACAUCAGGCAUUGAAUCGGAAACUGAGAGCUACAUAUCAGGGGAUGUUAGACUAACCAUACAGUUGCCUCCAUCUGCAACAAAAUUAACUGGUUCUAUAGACACUGAAAGAUCUACAUGUGGGGGAGGCACACCUUUUGGUAAUGGCAACUCUAUAAAUGAGAAAGAAGGAACCAUAUUCGAAGAACAACCUCAAGAGAGACGAAGCAGUCGCCUUGAAAGGCUUAGAAGUCGCAAACCAGGUAAAGAAGAAUCAGAAUUUUCCAGCAAUAAAGAUCUUGCUAAAGUUGUGAAGCAGUUUCUGGUGCCUCAUUUGCUUGAUGGAACUGGAGCCAUACAUUCCAAGCACAAUUCCGACCCUUCUUGUAAUGCUGAAGUAACGGCUAAUUCACUAGACUCGGAACCUAUUGACGUGAUUGAGUUUGUCCAGAAUACUUCCAAUAAUUUUGGAGCUUAUCACAUGGGUCACUUGCUUUUAGAGAAAAUUGCAAAUUCAAGUAUUUUAUAUCAUGAUAAUAUUGGAAAAAUAUUGGACUUAGAAAAAAAUAUCAGACACUGGGGAAAGGAACGAACUCCUGAAUGUAGUCUUUUCCUUUCGGAGCUAUAUUAUGAUAUGGGAUUACGCUCUUCCGAAACAUCAAUAGUUUGCAGCUUCACAUCAGAGGCAUCUUACCAUCUCUGUAAGGUUAUAGAAUCUGUAGCUCUGGGAUAUCCUUUCCAUAUUUCUGGAAUGGAUGGUGAAAUUAAAUUCCCUAUGGCAGAUGUUUCUGAAGAUAACCAACAAGGUCAAAUGGACAACUCAUCUUUGUUGAGAAGCAACCAUCGCUUCUGGAUACGUUUUUUUUGGUUAAGUGCACGCUUAUCUAUAUUGGAAGGUGAUAAAGAAAAAGCUCAAAAGGAAUUUUCUAUUGUGUUAGCUCUUUUCAAGGACAAGGAUAAGAUGAACUCUCCUAUUGGUUCUAUUUGCUUGCCACAUUGCAAAGUGACCAAAAAGUUGACAGUUGAUAGGGUCCUUCAUGAAAUGAAUUUGAUUGAUGUUGACUACUUAAUGAAGAAAUCUGUCAGUGAGCUGCUUGAGAAAAGCAUGCAUGCAGAGUGCAGUAAAAUGCUUGCUCCUCUUUUAUUGUUCACAAAGGAUGUCCAUCUCGAUGUGUUAUAUGACCGGGACAAUGAAGAUAAAGAAAAAAAUUCAGUUGAGCUAUCUGCAUUAGAUGUUUUGAUCAAAUCAUGUGAAUUGGCAGAACCAAUGGAUGUUGACAUCUAUUUGAAUUGUCAUAGAAGGAAACUCCAAAUACUUCUAGCUGCAGCUGGUCUGGAAGGCAGUUCCCCUGAUAAUACACCAGGAUUAAAUACAUUUCCUUUUUCUGCAAGUCAAGAAAGCUUAUGGAAGCACUGGAGUCAUUUAAUUGCUGAGGAGGUGAAAGCUAUUUCUCAAUCUGUAUCAAAAGUCAAGAGCAUCGUCAACCUCAGUGAGAAUUCUAAAAACAUCCCUGUGGCGGUUAUUGGUAAUAUCCAGUCUUUAUUGCUGACGUUUAUGUACAGUAUUGCCAAUUCAUGCUUUGCUAAAAAGUCAUAUGGGCUUGGUAGUGUUCCGGAGUCCAUUGAGCAAACUGAAAGAUGCUAUUUUGUGGAUGCUGCUAUUGCUUUCUACAAACUACAGUAUAUGUUCUUCAAUACUCCGAUUAAAUCUCAAGCAGAGUUAGUUGUGGCAAUACAUGAUAUGCUUGCGGAAUUUGGUAUCUGCUGUCUACGAGGGUGUGAUGAAGAACAAGAAGAGACAUUCUUGCAACUUGCAAUCAAGCAUCUUUUGGGGUUAGCUAUGAAAGUUAAAUCCAAUAUUAACUCUCUUAAUAAGGAACAAGAAACAAGGUCUGAUCAACAGACUUUGAAAGAUGAUCCUGCAGGAUCUCCAAGUGAAUCACUAUCUACUAUUCUUGAUAUGGAAGUGAGGAAAACUGCAAAAGAUGAGGCUAGUUCAUUAGAAAAAGAUGCUGUUGACAGUUCAAAUGCAGAAAAUGUUUCCUCUCAUCUAGAAAAUGAGAAAACGGGAGUAAAAUGUGACAGUGAUGUUGGUUGUGUACCUGCCAGUAGCUGCGGCAAUCGAAAAAUAGAGAAUACUCAUAUUAUUGAGUGUGAGAGUGAGCUAACUGAGGAUGAAAGAGAGGAUCUUGAACUCAUCAUUGAUAAUGCAUUGAAUCAAUGUUUUAACUGUUUGUAUGGUCUAAAUUUGAGAUCCGAUUCAUCCUGUGAAGAGGAUUUAGUCGAGCAUAAAAACACAAGCCAGGGGGAUUAUCAGACUAAGGAACAGUGUGCUGAUGUUUUUCAAUAUAUACUUCCGUAUGCAAAAGCUUCAUCUAAAACUGGGCUGAUUAAACUUCGGAAGGUUCUAAGAGCCAUAUGCAAACAUUUUCCUCAACCCCCUGACCAUGUUUUGGCUGGAAAUGCGAUUGAUAAGUUCUUAGAUGAUCCAGAAUUAUGUGAAGAUAAGCUAUCAGAGGAUGCUGGGUCUAAAGACUUUCUGGAUACCAUGAUGAAAAUUAUAUUUCCAGAGAACGAACAGAUCAAACAACUAAAGACAUCUUCCCUGGAAAGCUGUGACCCGUACCUGGAAAUUUAUCGCAAUUUAUAUCAUCUUCUUGCACAGUCUGAGGAAAUAAGUGCAACUGAUAAAUGGGCUGGUUUUGUUCUAACUAAAGAAGGUGAAGAAUUUGUACAGCAUAAUGCAAAUCUCUUCAAAUAUGAUUUAUUAUACAAUCCUCUGCGCUUUGAAAGUUGGCAGAAGCUUGCAAAUAUAUAUGAUGAGGAAGUGGACUUGCUGCUGAAUGAUGGCAGUAAGCAAAUCAAUGUUUUGGGGUGGAGAAAAAAUGGUGUUCUACCUCUGAGAGUUGAGGCAAGUCGAAGAAGAAGCAGGCGAUGCUUAUUGGUCACUUUGGCUUUGUCAAAGACAGCCGCCCAACAGGGUGAGAUACACGAGUUAUUGGCAUUGGUGUACUACGAUGGUCUUCAGAAUGUGGUACCAUUUUAUGAUCAAAGAUCUGUUGUACCCUUAAAGGAUGAAGACUGGAAGAAAUUCUGCCAGAACUCUAUGAGUCAUUUCAAGAAAGCCUUUAAACACAAGGAAGAUUGGUCUCAUGCAUUUUAUGUGGGAAAACUCUGUGAGAAACUUGAAUACUCUCACGAUGUCUCGUUCUCAUAUUAUGCCCAGGCUAUUGCCUUGAAUCCAUCAGCUGUAGAUCCAUUCUACAGGAUGCAUGCAUCACGAUUGAAGUUACUCUGCAAAUGCGGGAAGCAAAAUGAAGAGGCUUUAAAGGUUGUUGCGGCACAUUCCUUUGCUCAAUCAGCCAAGGAAACUGCAGGACAUAUUUUAGGGGGACUUGACAAUGAAAGUUCAGAGUCAUUAAUGCGCGUUGAAGAUGGAUUAUCCAAUAGCAACUCUGAGGUGGUAGACUUGCAUAAAUUUGAAAAAGUUUGGGAUCUGCUUUACAGUGAUUGCCUUUCUGCCCUUGAAACUUGCGUGGAAGGUGACCUUAAGCAUUUUCACAAGGCGAGGUAUAUGCUUGCUCAAGGAUUUCACUAUAGAGGUGGGACUGGGAAUCUAGAGAAAGCAAAGGAGGAACUUUCUUUCUGCUUUAAGUCAUCUCGUUCGUCAUUUACAGUAAAUAUGUGGGAGAUUGACAGUAUGGUUAAGAAAGGAAGACGCAAAACCCCAGGUCCUUCUGGGAACAAGCGAACACUUGAAGUAAACUUAGCAGAAAGUUCCCGUAAAUAUAUAACUUGCAUAAGGAAGUACAUCUUAUUCUAUUUGAAGUUGUUGGAGGAGACUGGAGAUGUCUCUACCCUUGAUCGGGCUUAUGUCUCUCUUCGGGCAGAUAAAAGGUUCUCCUUGUGCCUUGAAGAUAUUGUGCCAGUGGCUCUUGGAAAGUACAUUAAGGCCUUAAUUAUGUCGGUACGUCAAGGUGGUACUGCUACAGACCAUGUUGAGCAUUUGCUGGAGAAACUAUUCAAUUUGUUCUUAGAGCAGGUCAACUUGUGGUCAGAUAUUUGCAGUUUGCCUGAGCUUAAGAGUUCAGAAUGGACAGAGAACAGCCUCUACGGAUAUGUCUAUCAAUACAUACAGCUACUUGAGAGCAAUGUCAAGGUAGAAACCCUUGAAGGAAUAAACGAGAAGAUCCGUAAGCGUUUGAAGAAUCCAAAAUUGUCUAAUAGUUACUGCGCUAAAGUAUAUAGGCAUGUUUCUGCUGCCUGGUGUAGAUCUCUUGUCAUUAAUAUGGCAUUGAUCACACCUUUGCAUUCAAAGCGCUCCACUGAGAUUCAUGGUAUGGAUUCAUCGGGCGGUGGGCCGGAAAGCGAACAGCUACUGUGUGUUGACCUUCAAUCAGAGGAACUAUGGAGUUCAUCGUUUGAGGAUUCAAAUCAUCUCAAGAUUCUUGAAAAUAAAUGGAACCAUUCACUGUCUAAGAUUAAGAAUGUUAUAAUCAAGAGGGUUUCGGACGAAGAUUUGGAAACUGCAGCCACACUGCUUAGAUCUUCAUACAGUUUCUACAGGGACACCUCUUGUGCAUUGCUUCCAUCCGGCAUAAACCUUUACAUGGUGCCAGCUCAGCUGGCUGCAGAAACUUAUAUCCAGCCGGGAAUUGAUGGAGUUGACAUACUUGAUAUGAAUACUUCACGUAAGCUUCUUUUGUGGGCCUACUCGCUUUUGCAUGGCCAUUGCACAAAUGUCUCGCAUGUCAUCAAGCACUGCGAAGAGAAUGCAAAGUCGAGGAUUAAGAAAGUAAUAGGAGGUUCAUCUACUCCUUCAAAUGCCCACACACAAACUCCCACUGCUUCUCAAGCAGGUGGAGCUAAAGAUGGGAUCUGUAAAACUAGUGAACAAGAAGUUCAGUCAGAGCUCUUUGUUAGUCCUCCUGCUUCAUUGCCUGAAACCCAUAGCAGCCUUAAACUGGCAUCUUCCCUUUUGCCAGAAACCGACAAAACACAGAAGGAACCAUCCACUUCCCCUGAGAAUGAGAAAACACAGAAUUCGACUAGAGAACCGAAUAGCACUAGUAUUGCAUCUUCCAACGAAAAAUAAAUAUAAAAUAAAAUAAAUCUGCUAAUUUCGAGAGUUUAAAGGAAAGUCUCCACUAGAGGAAGAACAGAGUUCAAAAUAUUGAAGACAUGUAUAGUGUAUUUGUCUUGUUGGCCUACUGUGGAGCUGUGCAUAUAUGUAGUAAUAUAUAUUCCUUGGUUUCAAAUUUUUGGAAAUGCAGAGAAUUUUUUUAAA